UGGCUUCCAAUUCAUUUUAGUCAUCUCUCCGCAGAGAAAAGAAAAAUCAGCUACGAAAAAUUACUUGAACUGCUUCUGUUGUAUUAUAGUCCGUCUUUCCUGACAUGGGUUCUAAUGGGUUGACUGACGAGACGUGUGAAAGAAGGCUGUACAUCGGUAAUCUUGAUCAAAGAAUAACUGAGUCGGUCUUGAUCAAGAUGUUUUCUCCUUGUGGAAAGAUCGAGUCGGAGGAAUUUUUAUGGCACACCCGUGGUCCAAAGCGAGGAGAGCCACGAGGUUUCGCUUUCAUCCAGUUCAGUACCAAAGAGGAAGCACAACUAGCAAAGCAGAAAAUGAAUGGAAGAUUGGCUUGUGGGCGUCCAUUGGUUGUCCGGUAUGCUAGUGAGAAAUACUAUCUGGAAAUGUUAACCACAGCCCCAAAACCUUUCAAAGUUGGUAUUGUCAGUGAAGAGAAGAAAGCAAGUCAACCGGGUAGUAGUACUCAUACGGGUCAAAUGAGUCGAAGUGCUAAAAUCGCUGCAAUAAAGAACAAACUGAAAUCCUUAGAAGAAAACUGUUGUUUAAAGAAGAAACCCAGGCAAGGUGAUAGUGUCACUUGAUCCGCAGCUGGCUGUAGCCUUUUAUUACCUGUAGACAGUUACUCGAAUCAUAGGGAACUGUGAGCUUGAGUAGAUUUUCUGUCGCCCGAAAUUCUCCAGUAUCUGUGAGAUCUGAGCUUUGUCGAUGAGCUGCUAAAAAAAGAAGCAGCUGUAAUGUUUAUCUGCAUCUUAAUCAGCUUGCAUAACCUUUUUUAGUACCUGUCUUGACCCUAAAUAUCCACGAAUUAUCUCUUAAAAGUUAAAACAGGUCCAGUGGAAUGAAAAAAUCGUCUGCUGAUCUA